AUGUCCGACAAGGAACGCAAGGAACAGUCGCCGCCACGAAAACCUCCUCCCCUCAAGCAGACAAAGUCCGCAUCCUCGACGGCUAUAUCCAGCAUGAACAAGCCCGGUGUGACCUGGGCAGGCGGAGCACGAGAGCCCAAACGGCCCUCGCGUUUCUCCCGGAGGCGCUCCGCUAGUACCGAGUCGGUCCCCAAAAUCAAAAUGGGAGACGAGUCCGUUGGCUUAGUGGAUACCUUCUCGAGACCCGCCGUCGAAGGCGUGGGUCUGAAAGCCCGACGCCUUAGCCUCAGCCUACCCGAUGAGUUUGUCGUCGACUUCUGUGAGCUGGAAAAAGAAUUCAAAAGCUCGAGCCUUAUGCCCGGAAAACGUGGGAAAUGUCUGGGACGAGGAGCUACUGCAGAGGUUCGCAUCAUGGCUCGACGAGGCACCGCCGGCGAAGAAUUGGUCGCCGUCAAGGAAUUCCGCGCCCGUGAACCUUCCGAGAGCGAAGAGGAGUACAUCAACAAGAUCAAGUCCGAGUACUGCAUCGCCAAGAGCUUGCAUCACCCCAACAUCGUCGAGACAGUCCGUCUGUGCACGAACCGGGGACGGUGGAAUCACGUCAUGGAAUUCUGCGCCCACGGCGAGCUCUUCUCCCUUGUCGCCCGGAGAUUGUUCCUGCCAGACGGCUAUUACUCCCUUCAGGAUCGGCUCUGCUUCUUCAAACAACUCGUUCGUGGCAUUGACUAUCUUCACUCCCACGGCAUAGCACAUCGCGACAUCAAGCUUGAAAACUUGUUACUGGACAAGAAGGGCUAUCUCAAGAUAUCCGAUUUCGGUACUGCCGAAGUCUUUAGCGGCGAGCACCCCGGCGUUCGCUCUGCUGGAGGCGAGUGCGGCAAGAACAUGUCGGACAUCCGAUUGUCGGCCCCUGGGAUCUGCGGGAGCUUGCCCUACACUGCCCCUGAAGUCCUGGCAAAGAAGGGUCCAUAUGACCCGCGUCCGCUCGAUGUCUGGUCUUGCGCCAUCACCUUCUUGACCAUGACGUGCGGCGGCGGGCCUUGGGAAGCGGCGAAACCUGAAUACCAAAAGUACAAGCGUUACAUCCAGGGCUGGGAAGAAUGGCUCGCGGACCACCCAGAUGGCCAGAUCACCGACGCGGCGGAUGGCCACCCCAAGUGCGGUCCGUACUUCUCCAAGAUCAACCCGCCUGCCAUCAAGCGACUGGUUCUAAAGAUGCUCCACCCCAAUCCGGAGAAGCGUAUCACGAUCCGCGACGUCCUCAACACCAAUUGCGUCAAGAACAUCGACUGCUGCUGUCCCGAAGGGUUCGAGGAUCCCACCGUCUGCAUCGACACAUCCAAAUGUACCAGCAAGGAAACCUCCAAGAUGGCCAAGACGAAGCAGUUUCUGCAUCACCACAUCCCCCCGUCUCCAGAGAAGAAGUUUGCGAAAGUGCUAACUCACCGUUUCGAUAUGGGCGACGGGUGGUAG